CCGAGGCGCGGGGCGUCGUGCCAGUCAGGUCGAUACGCUGUCGAGGGGCCACCAGUUGCCAAGCAGGGUUACACAGUCAACAGAAAAUGGCAGUGGACUACGACGGCAGCGGGCAACGCGGACAGAAUAGCAGGCCACGCGGACAGGGCAGCGGGUCACGCGGACAGGACAGCGGACCACGCGGAUAGGGCAACAGACCACGCGGAUAGGACAGCGGGCCACGCAGACAGGACAGCUUCCGGCCAGCGCAACGGGCCACCGCCAGGUGAUCGCGUGUAGCGAUGCUCCUGCGGGCCGGUCGCCGUACGGCUCUCCUCAAAGUGCUGGGGGCCCUCUGCGCCGUCACCCUGGUCAUCAGCAUCGCGUCGCUGCUCCAGUACGAGAAUGUAUUUAGUCGUGGUUACGACUACGACGAGCUGCCUGAAGCGCCGGCGUUCUCUCUGAACUUGUACCGUCAGUUUUUCGACUAUCUGGAGACGCCGCUGGCCGCGUGCCGGCAGCUGGGUCGGUUUAGCCGCCGCACCGGAUGGGAGGAGCCAGCGCUCUGCCUCUCUGAGCCUGUCGAUAUGUGGCGCGUCACAGACUGUCUCGUCUACAGCGUCAGGCACACGAACGACAGCGAUGAUGACGCCUUCGAGCAAGGCAUGGCUGAGGAGCUGGGCUGCGAGGUGCAUCUGAUCGACCUGACGGGCCGGCGCGGUCCCACCAGCCACGUGCAGCUGGGUGACGGCUCUGUGACCUACCACCGUCUGUCGUCCGGCCGCCAGUAUCAGCGACUCCCCGAGCUGGUGACGCGUCUGGGGCAUACCGAGCGGCUCAUACAUCACCUGCGAGUGACGGCCGACUUCUCGGCGCACGCCGCCUCCCGUCUGCCGGCCGCGCUGCGCUCCCUCACGGACUCGGACCCUGACGAGCUGGAGCUGCUGGCCGGCCAGGUGAUGCAGCUACAGCUAGCGCUGACGCUGCGGCCGGCCUCGCUGAGCCAGCCCGCGCUGGAGGCGUACCGCCGCGCCUGGCAGCUGCUCGCAGACCUGCACCGGCGCGGCUUCAGCGUGCUGGAGAGCCGCAACUCCGGCCGCGUGGUGUGGCUGCCCGGGCUGGGCAGACAGGUGGCCGCCAGCUAUAACCUGCUGCUGGCCAAACAUAUGCCGCUGGCGGCACGCCGCUCGGCGCUGCUCAACCGGAGCGCUAAUGAGUCGGCUCGGUCUCCGCAACAGGUGCACAUGUUCGCUCCGUGA